GGUUAUUGAUUGAGCUUUUUGUUUUGUUUUUGUUCAACUAUCUAAUUAUGUCUCUUUCAUUACCAUGGCAUGAUAACAGAGAUUCAGAUUUUGUGGAGAUUUGGACUGCCCCGAUUGGGUGCUUGCAGAGAUCAGCAUUCUGAGUAAAAUAACGUCUGUUAAAAUGAAGCUUCUAUGCAUCCAAGUUAUCAAAGAUCUUCUUGGAGAUAGUAUUGAUUUUGAAAAAGUUUACAAGUUAACAGCAGACGCAAAGUAUGAAUCAAGUGAUGUGAAAGCCAGUAUUGCUGCUCUAUCAUUCAUCUUGUCAAGUGCUGCUAAAUACAAUGUUGAUGGAGAAUCCCUCUCAAAUGAAUUACAACAGUUAGGCUUACCAAAAGAACAUUCAGCGGCUCUGAGUAGGUCAUAUGGAGAUAAAAGAGAGAAGAUGCAAGAGACUUUUAGAUCAAGAAGCUUGAGAUUAUCCAAGUUUGAUUCCGUAGACUGGAGAGUAGAUUAUAUCCUCGGUUCAAGUGAGAUUGAGACAAUCAACGAGCCUAAUCUACAACUCAGACUUAAUCUAAGAGAUACAGAUACAAAUUCUAUCAAUGCCACUUCUUUCUCCAUUUCUUCUGAAAAAUUUAGAACCCUACUAAGUGAACUUCAGCAAACUUUAAAACUCAUGGAUGGCUUAUCAUAGCUGAGAUGAUGUUACUCACCAGCUACACUCUAUUUUAUUAUAAAGCAUUAUAAAUUACUAGAUGACAGUGGAAUCAAAUCAAAUGAUUGGUUGUGCUCAUGUGUGACCAGGUAAUUGUUUUGCCUAGCAAGUACAUUUACCUAUGACUGGUGGUGAGCGGUCAGAAGGAAAGUCUAAUCACGGUUAUUGUUUUGAGAUGAGGAUGGUUUGUCAAACAACAACGAUCCUUAUCAGUAUCCUGUAAAACAUAUAAUAAUAAUAAUAAUAAUGUGACUUAUAAAGCGCCAAAUCCACUCUGUAGAGUGAUCAAGGCGCAUAAAGAACAAAGAGUUACAUUAAAAAGUUUUUAGAAGAGGUAUAUAUGUCACCUUGUUGGGCAUUUGUAUAAUACUCACCCUUUGUUUCCUUUGAAAUAGUCCUGAUAUAUUAGAAUUGUUGUAGAACUGUUUCAUUAGUAGACCGUGCAUUACUUGUAUAAUUUUUACAUUUAUUUUUAGUGAUAUCCAGGUAUAUAAUAUGCAUAAGAGAAAUCAGAUGUUAAUGUGUAUAAGCUGCCUAAUUCCAGUGUAUGUUUUGCAUCAAAGUGCUAUAGAUCUUCAUACUCAUGUAAUUGGUAAAAGGAAGCAAGAGGGAACAAAGGUGAUAUUUCCUCAUUUUUAAUGAUGCUGAUAAAAUAUAAUGAAUUACCUUAACAUAUCUAUAAGUAGGAUGAUUGAUCAUUCAUAUGAUUGGCCUAGGAGUCAACAAUUUUUGGUAAGAUACAUCAGUUACUCUUGGGUGCAUAGGUCACUUUCUCUCCUUUGCUGUAGUAAGAAUGGAAAUAGUAAAGGGUAUUUGUAUAGCCCGCAUUUCCACCUUGUUAGGUGCUCAAAGCACUCCUUUAUUAUCCCAGCUAAGCUAGUCUAUCAAUGAGAUACAUGUAGUCUGUUGAGUAUUAUGAAAGAGUUCUUUGCUAGGCAUAUCUUUCUCCUAAUAGACCAGUUCGUAGUUACUUCAUGGACAAUUUUGGUCACAUGACCUUUCAUUUCUUUCAUUAUGAUAGGCAGAUUUCAAAGCAAGAUAUUACGUAAGCAUGCCUUACAUCGCAGGAUGAAGAAAUUGAAUAGACCAGGUGACUAGAAUAGCACACCAAUGAACACUUUAUAAAGGUAUUUGUUGCAUUCCUACUUUGAAUGCAUAUCAUAGCAUGUUGCACAAUGUACUUGGCAAACUGUAAAUACCAGUCGUUGUUGUUGUUUUUGGAUGUAAAUGAAAAACACAAUUCAAAAGAAUAUAUGAAUAAUCAAGACAUCAAAGUUGGUGCUUAUCUCAUUAGAUUUGAAACCACCAUGUCAUUUUAGUACAAAUGACCUUUCUCUGAUCAUGCGCAGAAUCUUUUGAUCAUGCGCAGAAAGGAACUACGAAUUGGCUUAUUUCUAGUUUGCUAUUGCCAUCCCCAGUUAUUUGCUAGCCCAAAUAUACAAAACUGUAGACAUGUCCCACCAUUUACCCCUCUAUUACAAUAUCCACUUUCAGUAUUUCAGUUUUCCUCAUGAUAGCCAUUGUGUUUUAGAUAAGAUGGUGAAUAACAUUGUAAGCAUUGGUAUGUAAGAAGUAUUCAAUACAAGAUUUUAUAGGAAACUGGUGUAAUUUUUGUAGUAUGGGUGUUAUAAUCUCACUGUUGAGUUUUUGAUCCAUUGAAUUUUAUGAAUUUGAUUAUCAUGGAGACCAUACAUUAGGCUUUGAUGAAAAUCAAUCAUGAACCAUUUUUAUGCCCCCGCAGACGAAGUCUGGAGGGGGCAUUAAGUGUUGCCCCUGUCCGUCCGUCUAUCCUUCUGUCCAUCGUUCCGUCCGUCCCCCCACUUGGUUUCCGCGUAAUAACUCGAAAAAUAUUUAAUGGAUUUUAAAAAUUGUUGGUGUGUAGGUAGAUGACACCAAAAUACAGGCUAAGUUCGAAUUCAGAGUCCGCAGGUCAAAGGACACAGCUCAUUAAAUAUGCGAGUUGGUUUCCGAAUGAUAACUUAUGAAAUAUUCAACAGAUUAAAAAAAAUUUGGUGUGUAGGUAGAUGACACCAAAAUACAGGCUAAGUUCAAAUCAGGAGUCCACAGGUCAAAGGUCACAGCUCAUUAAAUAUGUAAGUUGGUUUCCGCAUGAUAAUUUAUGAAAUAUUCAACAGAUUAAAACAAAUUUUGGUGUGUAGGUAGAUGACACCAAAAUACAGGCUUAGUUCGAAUUCGGAGUCCGCAGGUCAUAGGUCACAGCUCAUUAAAUAUGCAAGUUGGUUUCCGCAUGAUAAUUUAUGAAAUAUUCAACAGAUUAAAAAAAAAAUUGGUGUGUUGGUAGAUGACACCAAAAUACAGGCUUAGUUCGAAUUCAGAGUUCAAAGGUCACAGCUCAUUAAAUAUGUGAGUUGGUUUCCGCAUGAUAACUUAUGAAAUAUUCUACAGAUUUUAAAAAUUGUUGGUGUGUAGUAGAUGACACCAAAAUACAGGCUAAGUUCGAAUUCGGAGUCCACAGGUCAAAGGUCACAGCUCAUUAAAUAUGCAAGUUGGUUUCUGCAUGAUAACUUAUGAAAUAUUCUACGGAUUAAAAAAAUUGUUGGUGUGGAGGUAGAUGACACCAAAAUACAGUCAGGUCACAUAAAAUGACCUGACUGUCAUAUCUUCUGUCAGAGAUUAUUAUGGAAAGGGUGAGUCUUUAGGUCAUAGGUCUAAAUUUGUUCAUUAUAUAUAUAUAUAUAUAUAUAUGCAUAUUGGUUUCUGCACGAUAUUAAGUUCAAUCAUAUUGAAUGAAUUUCUGAUCGCUUUAAACGGGGCAUCUGUGUCCUUUGGACACGUCAAAUAAAAAAAUAAAAAAAUAUUUUUUUUGGGGGGGGUUCUGAUAGAAAUUAGCAAAUUUUCCCAAUGUUAUACAGGGCAAAUGAACUAGUCACCAGUACAUUUUUUUUAUAGCUGUCAUACUUAGUUUUCUAUCCAGUUGUAUACAACCAUUUCUUACGGUAUCUACACAUUUAAUUAAGGUGAUAACAAGUUCUGUUCCAUCUGUCUUCUGCUUCUAAAUUCUCUAGUGAGAUGAAAUACUGCAGUUUUGUUACAAUUAAGUUUAAUUUUUUGACGUAGAUAGCUGGGUUUAGGAAACAAUAUUAUGGUAUGUCGUUAUAAUUCUUACAUAAUUUUUACCUAGAACCGAUAAAAACAACAUUUAUCAUGUGAUGAAUCUAUAUCUACAAUGUAUAUGAAUGCUUCGAAAUCUGCAGUACAGACUUAAUACCAUCUUAAUACCAAUGAGAGCAAAAGUACAGUUUAAUUUCUUUUGACUCACAGCCAAAGAACAAAUUUCUCUGCCCCACAGUAAUGUAUAUGACAUAGUGCAAAUACGCAGGUCAGUAUGUUAUCUUUGCAUAUUGCACUCAUUUCAUCAAUACACUGAAACUAAUUGGAAACCAUAAGUAGAUGUUGGCAGUUUGAGACUACAUUUACUCAGUUACAUACCAAUUUUCUUCAAAUUGGUUAUGGACUUAUGCCAGAAUCGUCACUAUGAUUAUUCUUCAUGAAUUUUACAAAUACUAUACACUCACAAAAUAUCUACUUCUAUAAAUUUACAUUGCUGCACUUUGGAUAUUACUUCAAAAUUGAAAGUGUUCAGUUUGCAGACAAUGGCUUGCCGAGUUCAAAUUCAUUUUGAAAUAGAUAUUGACAUUACAGUAGGCUUUAGGCAUAUUGAUAUUUAAACUAGUGUUGACAUAUUGCAGAAUAGUGAGAAUGGUAUCUCAUACUCUGUUAUUUCCAAAGAGUAAAAAGUAUCGUUAUUUGCUUUUAUAAUGGCAUAUUAUUGUAUUAAUACUGUAAGAUCUUUACAAAGGAUCUGUAUAACAUUUGAAAUAUUGUAUAUGUACCUCUAUUUGUAUGGAAUAAAACAUAAAACAUAGAUUAGAUUAUAA